GAUUUUUAUUUUUUGUUUUUAGUUUCUAAAGUUAAAAAUGUUUUUGUUUGUUGACCGUUAGUUGCGUUUAGUUAUUAAUUAUGUAUUAUACAAAUUAUUUGCACAGGCGUCCAAGUAAAAUGAAUGAAUAUGGCUUGAAGAGGAUACCGGAUUACACGGAGUUGGCCUACAAAGAGGCGGUAUCGAAGUUGCGAUACUUCUUGUCGGGGAAUUAUGCGCCAAGCGUCCGCAGCUACGGCGGCUCAGCCUCGGUCAAGAACUUGGACGAGUCUGACGGCGAUGUGGACAAGAAGUACCCCAGCUCGUACACGCUGGCCGAGUACAAGCCGCGGCCGAGAUUGACAGCUAAAUACGCCACGUUGUACGCCGACAGUCUCAAUAAUUAUACACCGCCACAUACUGCUACUGCACCAGCUCCAACUACCGCGGCUGCCAGUGGUGGCGACCUGACCGGGGGCACCAACCCUGAUGUCAUCAACUUCAUACAGAAGCAGGAGGAGUAUAUAGAACAGCUGGAACGAGAGAGCCAGUAUUGCAGGGAUGAACUAAACAACCUGCUGGGCAAAGUAAAGGAGGUGAUCUCCGAGAAUGAGCACUUACACGAAGCUCAGAAGAACAAGCUCAUCUCUAGAAUGUUCCACUCGUACAACGGCUCCGAGAGUGACGAGCUGGACGAGCUGGGGGACAGCACUGGACUUGACAGUGAUAAUAAGACGACUCCGCUAAAGGCCCGCAAAUCUGCCAAGUCCCGCUCCACCAGACUGGAAGGUCCUAACAUCGUGUUUGAGUCCCGUAUUGCUGAGUUGGAGGCCCAACUGACGCAGGCCAAGAUCGACCUUAAGAAAGUGCAGGAGGAAAACAAUGAAAACAAGCGCAAGUUGGCCUCCGGGCUGGUUGACUCAACCUGCCUCGACGGCUUUAAGCGCCAAAUUGACAAUUUGCAAAGAGAUAAGUCGUCGUUGGAAGCUCAGAUAUCCAAACUGAAGUUGAGCCUGGAACAGCGUGAUGAUGACGGGAGGUACAAGCGAGGGUCUGAUGCGUUGGAACAUCAGCUCAGGGAGGAACGGAAUAAUCUGGAUGCUGAAGUGCGCAGGCUUAAGGACGAUUUAUCAAAAGAGCGCAACAAAGUCCGCGAGCUAGCGGGCGAGGGCGCUCGACGCGCCAUACAGGAGCGCAGUGCGGCCGAGCAGCGCUACAACGCGCACUUCGACGAGCUGCAGCACGACCUCGCCGCGCAGUACGACAAUGUUGCCAAGCUGCAGUUUGAUUUGGAGCGCCAACGUCGUGAAGAACAUGAGCUGAAGCGAGAACUCUCCAUGAAAAACGCCACCAUCGACGAGCUGAAGAAUGAAUUGAAGACCAAGAUAUCGUCUCUGCAAGCGGAUUUGGCUCAAGCUCACGCUGAGAAGGCGUCUCUGGAGGAAGAACUGGCGAGCGCUCGUCUAGCUAUCGAGAGACAUCAGCGUCAGGCCAAACAUGAAACCAAUCGUCUCAAUUCAGAGAUCCAGUCUCUCCGUCAACGCUUAGACCGCGCUGAUGCAGACCUGGUGCACUCACGUCGAGAGAAUCUGCGUCUCUCCGAACAGAUCUCCAAUCUGGAGAAAGAGCAAACAAUGAAAAACUUAACACCGAUAUCGCCGGAGAAGCACAAGAAAGAGAAAGAGUUAUCCUCGAUGCUGGAGACGAUGGAGAAUAAGCACGCUAAAACGGUGGCUGGGUUGGAGUCCAUGAUACAUUCACAAAACAGUCUGAUGGAGAAACUCACCGGCGAAUGUCGAUCGCUCACUGACAAGCUCGACGACGCAAACCGUAGGCACAAGCAAGAACUGGCCACUCUGCAGCGUCAAGUAAACGGACUGUCGCGAUCCAUCCAGACUCCUCACGCACCUAGCCAUUUUCAAGCACAUCCCUCGCACCCGACCUCAGCCGACAGACAUGUACCACAUCCCCCAUCCGACAGCGGACGAGACUAUCCCGGAGCUGAGUCCCCCGGACACACCGCACACGCCCGGGACACAACAGUCCGACGAGACGACCGUCAUCAAACAGGAAUAGUCGAAGACAACAACACAUUUGAACCACAAGAAGAAAUAAACCACAACCAAGUUGUAGCACAACAAAAUAUUUCUCAAAAUGCUCAUCCUACAGACAGAGGCUACGAAGAAACAACAGAAUAUUUCGAACAACAGGAAGAGUCUAGAGCUACUACAGAAAGUGAAACUGUGAGGGAAAACCCUAUGGACGUUGAACAACCGCAAGAAUUUCCAGCUACGGAUCUCCGUUACGAACAACAUUACCAGGAACCAAAAGAGAAGAUAGAUUAUGAGGGUUUCUUCAAUGAGUACCCGCAACCGGAGAAUGUGGAUCAAAUAUACGCGCAGGAAUAUGAUGACUCAACACCUGAUCCGAAGAUGCACUAUGAACCGAGUCAUAAAAAAUAUAAUGCUGGUGAAACAAUUGAUCAUUUUCCUGUUGAAGAGAACUAUGCCACAAAUGAGUAUGCUAAAGAAUAUCUUACUGAAAAUCCGCAAAAUGAUGUCAACGUUCAGCAAGAAGGAAAUUAUAAUGCUUCAGAUUAUACACAAGAAUAUCAAGCAUACGAUAACUCGGAACAUGAAAUUUCAAGGAAUGAGAGCAAUAAUUUACAACAAGAUAACAUACCUAGUCAAAGUUAGCAAUUUUAUUAGAAUUACGUUGUCUUCUUUUGUGCAAUAUUUUGUUAUAUAGCUUUUUAGUUUUAUGUAUUUGUGCUAGUUUUUAAAUAUUAAUUGUAGAUACCUAAUGAAGCUUUUGAUGUUAGGCAUGUUAUAGUUACAUAGAAAACAAAACAAAAACUAGAUUUAACUGAUUCAUUAGUAAUUGAAGAACUAAAAUAAAGUUAUUUACGAUUGAAAAGGUUUUACUCUAGUUUAUCAUAAAAGGGAUAGUUUUGAAGCAACUAAUAGAAUAAAAAAUAAAUAAACUCAAAAUGAAAAUAGUACUUUAUAAACGCAACGCUUUCAUUAAUGCAAUAAACGGUAAUGAAUAUUUCUUAUCUUAGAAAUGAAAACGAAUACGUAGAAAAUUUUAAAUAUUUGUCUAAUGAUUAAUCAAUUUCUCUUAGUUGCUAGAAAAUUUUCCAUUAAAAUUUCUCUACCAAAUGUAACACCUUUAAAAUAAUAAUUAAAAUUAUUUUUGCUCAAUAUAAUGUUUAUAGAUCA